AUGUUAUCUCUCAGACGCAUCCUUCCUGCCCACCACCACCCAUUCUCCACCUCCAUCUCCGCCGCCAUCUCCGCCAACACCACCACCACACCUUCUCUCCCACAAUCCUAUAAAGUACAACCUCCAAUCAAACCCUGGCCUCACCGCCUCAACCCUAAACUCUUAUCAUCUCUCAUUUCCCGCCAACACGACCCAAACCUCUCCCUCCAAAUCUUCCUCCACGCCCAACACCACCACCGCCCUCCCUUCUCCCACAACCCCCAAACCUACCAAGCCAUCCUCCUCAAACUCUCCCGAUUCCGCUGCUUCCGCGAAAUCGAAACCCUCCUCACCACCCUCCGCGGCUCACCCCAGCAAUUCGUUAAUUACUGCGGCGAAGAACCACUUAUAACUGUGAUUCGCGGUUACGGACUUGCUGGAAAGCCCUUACGGGCUCUCAAAACGUUCAUGAGGAUUGAAUCGUUUGGGAUUCGAUCCUCAGUUAGGUCUCUCAAUGCAUCGUUGAAUUCUUUGGUUCAGAAUAAGCGUUACCGCUUGGCGUUUUUGUUGUUUAAGAAUUAUAGAGAUAGGUUUGGGGUUUUGCCUAAUGUGGUUAGUUGUAAUGUCUUGCUUAAGGCACUUUGUAAAGGGAAUGAGGUUGAGGUUGCUGUUAGGGUUUUGGAUGAGAUGCCUGGAAUGGGUUUGGUCCCUAAUGUUGUUAGUUAUACUACUGUUUUGGGUGGGUAUGCUUGGAGGGGUGAUAUGGAUGGUGCUAUGACGGUUUUUCGCGAGAUUUUGGAUCGAGGGUGGGAUCCUGAUGUGACUAGCUAUACUGUUUUGGUGGAUGGGUUUUGUAGGUUAGGGAAAUUGUUGGAUGCGAUUAGGGUGAUGGAUGUUAUGGAGGAGAAUGGGGUUGAACCGAAUGAGGUUACUUAUGGUGUUAUGAUUCAAGCUUAUUGCAAGGAGAAGCGAUCCGGGGAAGCGGUUAACUUGAUUGAGGAUAUGCUUGGGAAGGAUUGUGUCCCGGGCUCGGAGCUGUGUUGUAAUGUUGUUGAUCUGUUGUGUGAGGAAGGGAAUGUUGAGAGAGCUUGUGAGGGGAAGGUGCUGGAGGCAAGGAAUGUGUUUGAUGAGUUUGGGAAGGGAUCAGUUGCUAGUCUCUUGACGUAUAAUACAUUGAUUGCUGGAUUGUGUGAGGGAGGGAAGCUUUGUGAGGCGGCGAAGCUGUGGGAUGACAUGGUGGAAAAGGGUGUUGCUGCUAACGCUUUUACCUAUAACAUGUUGAUUAAAGGGUUCUGUAAGGAUGGAAAUGCCAAGGAGGGUAUCAGAAUUCUGGAGGAGAUGUUGGAAAACGGGUGUUUGCCAAACAAAUCAACCUACUUAAUAUUGAUUGAUGGGCUUUUGCUUUCCGGUGGAAUGCAACAAGAAAUCAACAAGGUAGUUUCUCUGGCCAUGUCCACUGGAGUUGAUGAUGACUUGUGGAAUCAUUUUGUAAGACCUAUUGUGGGCAAUGUAGAUUGUGGUGCAGCUGAACUUGAUAAGAUAUUAUUAGAGAAUGCAGUGUAA